AUUUUAUGGAUUAAUCAAUUAAUGAUGCUGAAGCUUAUCUCAAACAAAAAAUUAAAAUCAAUCCACUCAAGGAUUAAAUGUAGUAAAACUAAAAGAAUUAUGAAAUUUAACUAUAAGUAGCUCAUUACUUUAAGAAAACUGAUGCAUAUACUAAAAAACCAGCUAUUAAAUUAGUUAGUAUCAAUUUAACACAUUAUAUUAUAUAGGUAAUGAAAAUGACGAUGUAUAAGUUUAUUUUAUUUAUGGAGAACAUAUACCAGAUCCAAGUAAAAAAUAAGAUUAUGAAUCUUUUAAAAUUGAUGUCAUUGAAACUAUGAAUCCAAGAAUUGACAGAUUUUUCAUUAUCAUCUUUUUCAAUACAAAUAUGAUGACUGCUUCUACACUUAAUGAUUUUAAAGACUUUUAUGGAACACUUCCUGAAAAAUACUUUUUUCAUAUGAAAAAAUUUAUUGUUCUUCAUGCAAAUUUUAUUGUCAAAGGUGGAGGUAUUUUUGGAAUGAAUGAAAUCAAAUCUUUUUUUAAGAAAAUCACUACUUUUGCUGAUACGUAAUACAUUAUACUUUUAUAUUUAGACUUUUAAUACUUUCUAAAGAAUAAUGGUUUAGAUACAAAAUGUUAUCUGUUUUACCAGAAAGUGUUAAAGCAUAUGAUUAAUCUUAUAAAGAUAUUGAAAAUUAAAGAAAAAAAACUGUUUUUAGAAAAUAAUAAACAUAAUAGGCUGUAGGAGAUGAUGAUAUUGAUUCUGAUGAUAAUUUUGAUAAAGAUUCUAAAAUUCUAGGAUUAAAUUUACAUGAAUAUGAAUAAAAUAAAUAUGGAAUACCUGUUAUUUUAGAUAUGCUUGUUUAAUAUUUUGAGAAAUAACCUGAAAAACUUAAAACUGAAGGAAUAUUUAGAAAAUAAGCUGCUGUUUAUGAAGAAAAAAUAGUUGAAGCAGCUUUGGCUUGUUAAAAAGUAGGAUUUGUUAAUAAAGUUGAAAAUUCUCAUACUAUUGCAUGUGUUUUUAAACAAUUUUUCUUAAAAUUAAAAGAACCUCUUAUGACUUAUUAAUUAUAUGAUUGGGUUGUUUAAAAUAAACCAUAAAUUGAAUAAAAUUUAGAAGUAAGUGUUUAAAUGCUUUUUGAUUAUAUGCCAGAAUUUAAUAGAGAAAUAUUAUUAUUCUCUUUAGGAUUUUUAAAUUAAGUUAUUAAAGAAUAAGAACAUAAUUUAAUGACUGCUUAUAAUAUGGCAGUUGUAUUUGGUCCUAACUUUUUUAGAUCUGAAGUAGUCAAAAUGGCAGAUUUAGGUCAUGUGACGUAAUUAUUUUAUUUUAUUAAGUCUUUUUGUUUAAAUUGUUUAAAUUAUGUUAGAAUUAAAAAAGGAUUAUGAUUAUAAAAAAUGGUUAGAAGUUAGAAGUGAUAAUUUAAAUUUUGAGGCUUCUUUAGUCCCCUUUUUACCAGAUGAUUUAGCUAAUCUAGAUGAUAUUUUAGAUAUGGUUACAGGUAUUUAUAUAUAUAUUCAAACUUUAGAUAAAAAUGUCAUAAAUGAAAUGGAGAGAAAAGAAUUAAAGUCCAGAUAUAAAUGAAUUGAGU